AUGAAGCUGUUAUACUUACUAUCUGGUGCUCUUCUUUCUAUGACUGGGAUGUCAUAUCCCUUCCUAUCUGCAGACAACUUCAGCCCUGUGCCUCUUCCUCCACCAGAAAACUGGUUGGCAGGCCCACGACUAUUCCCCCAGAAUGUCAUUGCUGGCUUCCAUGCCGACUAUGACAAAUAUAACGCGAAAAGCUGGUCAGAGUAUGUUGAAAAGAAAUGCAAGGAGUUUCACGCUUGUACAUCAACGCACUCCUUUUCAGCAAUCAACAGUGGCACCCCUAAGGACCGUUACUGGUUUGGAUAUGUCUUUAGAGGAGGUCCUACCACUCCAGACGACUAUCAGAGGAGUUGGGACCCUCAGUCGGCGGUGAAAGAUUCGAUUGCUCUCACUAUCAAUGAGGAAGACGAUGGGAAUAAUAUCAUGAGAUUGCAGACAGAAUUAAAGUAA